CAGAGUAGUGUAAUUUGUAUGCUGAUUGAGCUCAGUGAGCUUUUAGUCAUGGUGUAAAAUAAAACAGUUUCUUCUACAGCAGGUGGAUGAGAUGAGUGAACUGAAAUGAAUGUGUGACAUCAGCCUAUUUAGUUUGACGUUAGUUUUAGGGCGUGCCACGUGUGUCAGCAAUUGAUCCUGCAUCAAAGUCACAGAGAACUUACACAGUCAACAGCGCAAGCGGAGUUUCUGUAGGAGCUUUACUAGCAAAGCGUGUGAUUUAGCGUUGUUUGUAUUUUGCCCAUGGGAAAUUAUGCUACAUGAAAAUGAAGUCAUGGCAGCUGUUGGAAUUUGUUCAGGUGGAUUUUCAUCCCGGCAAAUGUUUGGUCCCUCUCUCAGAGUGAGGAAGCCAGUCACCUGGGGUAGACACUGGCUGCAGAUCUACCUACUUGUCGUCCUCCUGGCAGAUUAUUCUGUCCAUCAAUCAGGUCAAGCUUCCUCCGAUCAGAACACUACUGUUUUUUCGCCUCUUCCGACUCUUUCAACAUCUACACAGACUUUAGCAAGUUACUUUGUUGAAAUCUCUGUGGAUGUCACCGGACAGAAGAAGAAUGAAUCUGAAAUUAUAGCUUGGCUUAACCAGGUGUUGCAAGACAACCUGGGGAACUGUGUGUCUGCACAGCCCGAAACAACUGCAGUACCCUCCUCUCCACACACUACAACUGCUACUUCAAACGAGACAACACAAGCGAUAGCAGCCACAACAACACAGCAAACUUAUAACACAACAGCUGCCAUCACAACACCCCAAAACUUCAGCACGACUGUAGCUACCACUUCUACAACAUUAGAAGGCAACAGCACAGCCACGGCCACAACUACAACAACAUUAGAUGGCAACAGCACAACCACAGCCACAACUACAACAACAUUAGAAGGCAACAGCACAACCACAGCCACAACUACAACAACAUCAGAUGGCAACGGUACAACCACAGCAACAACAAAUCCCAUUAUCACAGCAACUACGGCUCAGAACGACAGCACGGCAUCCUCUACAACCAACACCAGUGUGACCACAUCUGACGGUAGAGAGAAGAAUACACCACCAAGGAACCCCAAUGCAAACAGAUCCAGGCAACGGAUAGCUCGACAAAUUAGUUCAACACAAAGUCUCUCCAUGAACAACAACACAACUGGUCUACUUCAGAAAAUAGAAGUGUCAUGUGGAACAAAGACGGAAAUAACAAACACCACGUGCCAUAUGACACUGUGGCUGGCUCAGACAGUUUCUUCAUGCUGUAUCCUCCGUACGCUCUGGGAGGCCAAUAAGAAUUUUACAGACAUGUGUGUGGUGGGAAAGAGGGCGGACAGAGUGGGUCAGCUUCAAAAGGAGGCCAGCAGCAACCCAGGUGUUUAUUCUGGUCCAGCCGGUGCAUCAUGCAUUGACCAGUCCGGGGCUGCAUAUGCAGUUUUACAAAGUAAUUCAACUAGCUGUGUCACAGACUUUGUUACAGACCUCAGCAACUGCAGCUGCUCUGCUUACUGCAACAGGUCUGAGGCGUACUACACUUUCAAUAUUUCCAUUCAAGAGCCCUUGAUGAACUCGUCAUAUGUCGCUUCUCUGAUCUCUAAGCUGCAGCAACUACCAUCUUGUUCUGCGAGUACAGAUGUUUCAUGUGAACUAGCCGUCAUUGCAGCUAAAUACAAGGAUGUCAAGGUGAUCUGUGGAAGUGCAGCAACAAAUUCCAGUAGUUGCAGUGCGAUUUUAGUGUUUUCCCAAAAGAUUCCGAUCUGCUUAGUGGCGACAGCCUUGAUGGAUACUUUUCAGCCUGAGAAUCACAUCACUUUUAAUGGACAGGUGAUCCGAGCAGCAAUUUGUGGAAAUUCAGCAGUAAACUCCAAUCCACUGCAGUCCCAGCUCACAUGGGUUGAAAUUAACCUGAAGCCUGCUGAAUUUUGUCCUGCCAUGCAAGAGUCUAACAUCCUCCCUUGUCAAAAUGGAACGUCCGUGGUUGUUGAACUGGAGGAGCAGUGUGUUCCCCCAGUGUUUUCCACAAUCAGGCCAAAUGUGACCACCAUGCAGCCAAACAGCACCACCACACCUGCAAAUGCAACUCUAAAUGUAACUUCACAACCAGUGAACACAACUGCACAGCAGAACACAACAGGAGACCUGACUACCAGCACUACUGCUGGAAACACCACAGUGACAACAACACUCAGCACAAACACAACCAUUACAGAACAAUCUGUAUCUGUGACAACAUCAGAAAGUCCGACGACCACUGAAUCAGAUGAAAGCCAAGCCAACGCACUGCUUGAGCUGACAAGAGACGUGUCCACACUGAACUCCAGUCAGGUGAAUCAGCUGGUGUCUCAGCUGGAGAGCCUUUUGUCAGGCCCGACUGUCAGCCUGGCGCUGGGAAACAUCUCAGUCAACAUCGUAAGCAACCUGCUGGGUGCUCCUCCUGAGGUGCUGUCGGAAUCCUCCAACAGGAUUAUAAGGAUUGUUGACACAGUAGGAUUAAAGCUUGUCAUUGGAGAUGAGGCAGAGACAAUUUUGUCCCCGGCUGUGGCUCUCUCUGUGAAACCAGCAGAUGGCACUAACUUUCAGGAAACCAUCUUCUCCAUCUCAGACCCCAGUAAUGUUCAGGUCCGCAGGGAUCCAAGACUGAGAAGGAAUGUGAAAACAGACUCCUCCACCCCUCAGGGCUCCAUCAGGCUUCCCCCCACUCUCACUCAGAACCUAACCGCAGAGGAACAACAGCUGGUCUCCAGAGUUCAGUUCAAUUUCUACCAGAAGAGCACAGUAUUCCAGGACCAAUCCCUGGGAGAGCGCAGACUUAACAGUGGGAUCCUUGGAGCAAGUGUGGCCAACCUGUCAAUCAGGGGACUGCAAGACGAUGUUGUAAUCAACCUGAGAAAUACAGAGCCUAUUCCAGCUAAUUUUGUGGCAACAUGUGUUUUCUGGGACUUCACAUUCAAUAACGGAUCAGGUGGCUGGAAUUCAAACGGCUGUUUUGUCCAAAAUAGCACAGACGACGAGACGAUCUGUGCCUGCAACCAUUUAACCAGUUUUGCUGUCCUCUUGAACCUCUCCAGACAGCCGGUGACCAGCCGUCUCCAGGCAACUAUCCUUACCUUCAUCACAUAUAUUGGCUGUGGCAUCUCUGCCAUCUUCCUGUCUGUUACACUCCUCACCUACCUGGCGUUUGGGAAGUUGCGUAAGGACAUACCCUCUAAAAUCCUGAUCCAUCUGUGCCUGGCUCUGUUGCUGCUCAACCUGGUCUUCCUGGUGGACGCGUGGCUGGCGCUCUAUCCAGAAGCUGUGGGCCUUUGCAUUUCCACGGCCUGGUUCCUUCACUACUUCUUGCUGGUCUCUUUCACUUGGAUGGGACUGGAGGCCGUCCACAUGUACCUGGCGCUUGUGAAAGUCUUUAACAGCUACAUAUCACGCUACAUGCUGAAGUUCUCGCUGGUCGGCUGGGGCGUCCCAAUGAUCGUGGUCAUUAUUGUCAUUGCAAUUGACAAAAAUAACUACGGCCUUGUGUCCUAUGGGAGAUUUGAUGAUGGCACUAGUGAUGAUUUCUGUUGGCUGAAAAACGACAUUGCCUUCUAUGUGGCAGUGGUGGCCUACUUCUGUGCCAUUUUCCUUUUCAACUUCAUCAUGUUCAUUGUAGUACUGGUCCAGCUGCACCGCAUCAAAAAGCAGAAUCCUCAGAGUUCUCAGCACCGAACCACAAUGCAAGAUGUGCGCAGCGUGGUUGGGAUUACCAUUCUCCUGGGCCUCACUUGGGGUUUUGCCUUUUUCGCCUGGGGACCUCUUAACCUGCCAUUCAUGUACCUGUUUGCCAUCUUUAACUCGUUGCAAGGUUUCUUCAUCUUUGUGUUCCACUGUGCAGUAAAGGAAAACGUGAGGAGGCAGUGGAGGACCUACCUGUGCUGUGGCAGGAUGAGACUGGCGGAGAACUCAGAAUGGAGUCGUACUGCAACUCAGAAGACUGUGAAGAAGGGUUCGCUUACCAAACUCACAUCUCUCCAUUCCAACUCCUCCCGUGGUAACAACUCAUCCAGCUCGUCUUCAUUCCUUGUCAGUGAGUCUUCGAAUCAAAUGAAUGGCAUUGGCAGUCCAUUUGACGACACAACAAUCACAGCUGACGAAGAUCCUAGUAUGGAUGUGGUCCUCAACGAGAUCAACAGACAGUACAGAAACCCACAGGUAUCCUGAUCCAGAAAAGGACCUAAGGAUCUUAUUUUGAAAUACUUGUAUAUGAUGUAAAAGAACAGAGUAAUUUAUGUACCAUCCGUCUACCAACACAUAUAUUUGCUAAUAACAUGUAGUAAGGAAUAAAAAGCCUACAUUAAAAUUGAUUUAAAAUCUGAAUGACCUUUAUUCUUUGUAUAGAGAUAUGUAUAUAAUGUCUUUUAUUGCAAAUAUUGUAACUUUAAUGUUAAAAAAUGCAACUUUUGCUUUCAAGCUAAAAGAUAUUCUUAAGUCGUCUAAAAGCCCAUGUAUGUAUGCUGUACAUAAAUCUGUAUUUUUUAAAAGUUAAUAAACUUCACUUUACUAUAAA